AUGACCCAUUGGAAGGACAUAGCUGUCUGGAAAGGUAUCCCCUUUGCUGCUACGACUGGUGGCCAAAACCGAUGGAAGGCACCACAGCCUGCUAGCGCGUGGAAUGGUACCCUAGACGCGCGCAACGGGGGCAAUGUCUGUCCUUCUGCGACAUCCAGGGACAAUUAUAUGAUCGAUGAGGACUGCCUGGACCUGAAUAUUUGGAGUCCUGCCAACUCCACCAACGCAAAGCUCCCUGUCGUUAUGUGGAAUUACCCGGCCAUGUCCACUGCAGUCGAUGCCUUGUUUGACGGAGGUGGUAUGGCGGAUCAGGGCAUUGUCUUUGUCAACUAUAAUCAUCGCACUGGUCCUUUUGGCUGGCUUGCUCACCCGGAAUUGUCUGGUUAG